AUAUACAGUCCAUGGUGGUCCCUCUGACAAGCAACCGUGGGAUUAGCUAAACAGUGCAGAGAUGUGUGUAUCUCCUUGGUCACCUCUGAAAACACUCUCCCUUAACCCUUCCCACCUUUGAGACUGCGUUAUACGAGCGCUGAUUUGUAUUAGGCCACCUCUGUCUUACGGAAACAUGUUAACAUCUGUUGCCUGGAGGAGAACUGGAAAACGAACUUGCCAAGCUAAGCUAACUUGAUAGCCCGUUAGCAGGCUCGGCUCGACGACAUAAUAGGCUGCUGUGCUUCUGGGAACACGGUGUGCUCGUCCUGUUCGGAUCAAGCCAGCGCGAAUCCAGGAGACGUAUCUGCGAUCUUCAGAGCAUAUCUUGGUCGUUUUUCUUUCCGCCGGUUGCCGUUGUUGCGUGGCCGUCUGCCCUGAGCCCAGGAUGGAGGGGCACUAGCUUACUUAGCCAGCCGCCGGUGUCUUUGCAGAGCACCGCUGUCAUUGCUCUGCUAAAAAUACACCUUGUCCCAUGGACUUUGCGCCUCCAAAAGUGGUGGCCUAGUCCACAUUGGACUUGCCCUCGGCUCCUCUGUUAGGCUUGCUCGGAGUCUGGCACUCUACAUGGUCACCACACUGAGUUUAGGACUACUGGAAGAGCGAGUCGGACCCCGAGGCGGUGAGCACUGCUGGCCCGAUCCAACGUUUCAUCCCUCCGCCCCGGUGACCGAAGGAGUGCUGUCGUUGAUCGGUGGCCGAAUAUCAUUUUGGUCCAAUGGCCUUGUUCGAUCAUAACUAGUUAUAUACACGAGCCUUGGUCCAGGCCAGGGCUGCAAGACCGGAGCUGUGUGAAGGUCAGAGAAAAACGCGUUGUGUCCGUCAACUGUGUGAGACCGGCGAGGCAGACUUCAUCUGUCCAGAGCACAGCACCAUGUCGGAGGAUAACAACGCAGACAAGUUCAUCAAGGAGACCUCCAUUCUGGACGAGUACAACAUCAACUGGACGCAGAAGUUGGGAGCCGGCAUCAGUGGACCCGUCAGAGUUUGUGUGAAGAAGUCCUCUCAGGAGCGCUUGGCCCUGAAGAUCCUCAUUGAUCGGCCCAAGGCCAGGAACGAGGUGCGUCUCCAUAUGAUGUGUGCCAACCACCCAAAUAUAGUGCAAAUCCUGGAGGUUUAUGCCAACAGCGUCCAGUUCCCACAUGAGUCCAGCCCGAGAGCGCGACUCCUGAUCGUUAUGGAAAUGAUGGAGGGUGGCGAGCUGUUCCACAGGAUCAGUCAGCACAGGCACUUCACUGAAAAGAUGGCCAGCCAGGUCACAAAACAGAUCAGUCAAGCCUUGGAACAUUGUCACUCCCUGAAUAUUGCACAUCGCGACCUGAAGCCAGAGAACCUGCUCUUUAAGGACAAUUCUCUGGAUGCACCUGUGAAGUUGUGCGACUUUGGCUUUGCCAAAAUUGACCAAGGGGACUUGAUGACCCCUCAGUUCACUCCCUACUACGUAGCACCUCAGGUACUUGAGGCUCAAAGAAGACACCAAAAAGAAAAGUCUGGAAUUAUACCCACUUCCCCUACUCCUUAUACCUAUAACAAGAGCUGUGACUUGUGGUCUCUCGGCGUGAUCAUCUACGUGAUGCUGUGCGGCUACCCCCCCUUCUACUCCAAGCACCACAGCCGCACCAUCCCAAAGGACAUGCGGAAGAAGAUCAUGACGGGCAGCUUUGACUUCCCUGAAGACGAGUGGAGCCAGAUCUCCGAGAUGGCCAAGGACAUCGUACGCAAGCUGCUGAAGGUGAAGCCCGAGGAGAGGCUCACUAUUGAGGGAGUCUUGGCUCACCCGUGGCUUAACUGCACCGAGGCCCUCGACAACGUGCUGCCCUCCGCCCAGAUGAUGAUGGACAAGGCGGUAGUCGCUGGUAUCCAGCAGGCGCAUGCGGAGCAGCUGGCCAACAUGAGGAUUCAAGAUCUGAACGUCAGCCUGAAGCCUUUAAACUCUGUCAACAACCCAAUCCUCAGGAAGCGCAAACUACUCGGCCCCAAGCCCAGUGACGGUUUCUUCAUCCACGACCCAGAGAUCGGAGGUGAAGACCACAACGUCGCGCUGGAGAAGUUACGAGACGUCAUUGCACAGUGUAUACUACCACAAGCUGGAGAAAACGAGGAUGAGAAGCUGAAUGAAGUGAUGUAUGAAGCCUGGAGGUUCAACAGAGACUGUAAACACCUGAGAGACGGCCUGCAGGGGCUCAGCUGGGACGGACGAUCCUUCUCCGAUAAAGUCGACCGCUUGAAGUUGGCUGAAAUAGUGAAACAAGCUAUCGAAGAAAAGACGAAUCUCCAGGAGUCUCAUUAGCAAACUGAUUUUAUAUAUUGUUUAAUAUGACCCUUUUUAACCCAUAUCUGUAAAGAGGCUUUUUUAUGUAAAAUAAUGCCGUAAUUCUUUUAUUUCUUUUCUUUUUCAUAAAUUCACUUGCAAGACCUAUUGUACAGCUGUAGAUAUAUUUCAAAUCCUUCGUACUAUCAUUUUUUUGUAAAUGGAAACUUGCAAAGAACAUUGAAAAACUAUAUUUUCAUUUUUGCAAAAAAAAAAUAGAAAAGAGAAAAAUCAGUUAAAAGAAAUGUAUUUUCUGGGAGGGAAUUUUUAUUAGCUGAUUGUCCAACUAGCUGAUUGUCCAGGGUGUCACAUGUUUUACCCCAAUUAUUUCCUUUUAUUCUGUUCCAUUUUUUUUCUUCUUUUUUUUUAACCACCCUAAGACUAAUUUAAUUUAUUUAAACAAAGAGUUCCAUUAUUUUAUACCUCACUUGUAGCCCGUCAGUGGGCUCUAAAGUCGAGACAAGCCGUCUUUGUUUGUUCUUCCACACGCUGUGAUUCUGAACCUGCGGGCUGUAAAGGAUCUUAGUCUUUGUUUUUGUGUGACCUUUUUGUUGUGUAGAGGUCACGGCAGACUGGAAAUGCAGGUGUCCCAAAUAGACAAGUCGCAGCCCCAAAUGAACCUCGUCAUUGUUGAAGCUUGUAACAGACGUAAUCAGAGAGAUCACGGCAGCCUGAAGAGGCACGUUAACAUCCAUGUGUUUUCACUAAGAAGUUAAUUAUUUCAUAUAAAGGCUUUUUUUCACAUUUCUGAUGGGAUUCUGAGCGCUCUCCGGUUCAGUCUUCUGCUAAGGUCGUUCAGCUGUGAAACGCAACCCGCGCUGCUUUGACUUGAAGUCGUAUUUACUGGAAUUCAGACCGGAGCCCGUUAGCACUUGAGCCAUUUCGAAGGAAGACUGCUUGCUACUUGAGCCAACGGAAACAAACACAGCCUCAUUCAACAGGUUGCAUUCUGAUAUAACCUGCAGUGCUUCUGACUGUGCAAUAACCUAAUUAAUGUGUUCCUAGUGUGUGUGUGUGCAUGUACUUGGUAGUGAGAUAUCAUCUAUCAGUCCAUCAGUAUUACAGUCUUCAUUUCAAUGGUCUGAAUACCAGCAAAUACUCCUCAUCUUCCCUUCACGCCGCCUCCUUUAGUUGUAAAUAAUGUGUCAUUGGUUAUCCAACACGUCACCACUGCUCUAGUGCUCCAGUCUGAUUUUGUUUCUUCAAAGACUGGUUGAAAGACGAAACUCUUCUUCGGUGCCUCUUCAAUACAUUUUAGCGUUUCCUUUGAAAAUCAUCAGAAUCUAUGAAUUUCCCCUUUUUAAAUGAGUUUUUUUAUAAAGGAACUUUAUGAAAAAAAAAUAUUUUUUUUCCCUUAAUGAAAACAUGUUUACUCCGAGUCUUCAAACGUUGGAGCAAUAUCUCGUUGCUGCUCAGUAAAAAACGUACAAUUGUAAACUGAAUAAUCUUUUGUUUUGAAUGUUAAGAAAUGUCUUUCUAGUUACACUAAAAACAUGAAUAGAACCUAUAAUUAUCGGUAAUCUGCAUUAUCACAUAGCCACACAUCAACAGCUAUCUUACCCAUAAGUUACUGGUCUGAUGAUAUGAAGCUGGCCUUAUUCACACAAUCUAUCGGCCAUGAAGGAAGAAAAAAAACCUUCAAUUAUUUAUGUUUGGCCUAAAAACUGAGGGAUGAUUAUAAUUUGCGGUGCAUGUUUUUCAUACAGCUCCCUUCAAGUCUUAAACGGCCCGUGUUUAAAAAGGCCUUAUUACGUGAACACGUUUUACGCUCAGAUGUGCCUUCUCGGUCGGCUGGCAUCUUCAUUCCUAACUGCUUUUAUCAGAGAAGCUGAAUUACAGGAUGAAGAGGUCAGAAGUGAGAUAUCAGUAUUUGUCCUUUUGGCUGUGAUUUGCUUGUUUUCAUGUUAUGAAAUGAAGGCUUUCUGUCCACAAACAAUCAUAGCCUACUGGUUUGACAACAUUGUGUUGAAAUUAAUAUAGUUAUCUGGCAUAAGUACUCAUUAGAAAUAAGUGUCUUUUUACCCUUUAUUCGACUACUCAUACAUUAGGGGAUUUUUAGAAAACGUAUAGCCUGUAAGCAGCAGCAGGUUAGCUCGGCUUCACGGGAGACUGGAAACAAUUGGCCUGGUAACAAAGUGCGGCCUCCGGCUUCUCGACAUCACGGUAAUCAACACGUGAUGAAAAGUUGUUUGCUUUUCUUCUCCUAAAUGCUGUUGAUUUGUAAAAUCAAUGCAACCAAUUGGUCCUACCUGGGUCACGGUGCCAGUCCGACCAUUAAAUCUUCUGGUUUUUGGAGUAACACAAAUAUUCAAAUAUAAUCAGCAUAUUUGUCAAAAUGUCAAACUUUUGCUCCAUUGUGUGCGGCCUUAAAAUUAGUUCAAAAUCACAGUAUUGCAAAAUCCGCGGCGCUCUUUACUAAUACUUUGUUUUUUUUGUUUAACUUUGACCACGUCUGUGUGAGAAUGUGACACUGCAGUGAAUUGUGUAUGAAUGUCUUCUGUGUUUGUGUGUCUCAGUCCUACCUUCUACUGGAGGCCUAUAAAUUAAUCCAAACUGCUUCCUUUAAAUCUCCUGCUGCACCUACAAAUAACCGAGUCCGUUGCUGAAGCGCAGCGUAUUUAUUAGCAUUUCUUACCAAGUCGAGCCAUAUAUCCUGAUACUGCAAACAAAGGAAAACCCCCGGGGAAAGUCUGUUGCUCGGUCUGCCUCGGCCGUCCCAAAUAAAUCCCAGAGCGGCGGUUUGUUUAGAAGACACUACCUCCCUCCUCACGUCCUCUUGUUGAGUCGAUGCUGCUGCAGGAUCCCCUCAGUCUGUCUUUCAGCUGCAGACACAUUUCACUAGAUUGCAGGGUUUUUUUAUACCAGGAAAGACUGCUGGUUCCCGAUGUGAGCGCUGACUGCGGAUAAAUGAAUGCGUUCUUUCUUGGGGUGUAAGAUACCAGCACCCCGAAAAGGACCCGGAAGGCAGUUGAAUGGUUUGUUGGGACUAGUCUUGAAAAAUACCUGUUGCUUCUGUUCCCUCUGUGUAAGUGUAGAGAGGUGGGUUUUGUAUCUUUUUGUUUUUUAGCCGUUCCUGUGUAAGUUAAGUGAGGAAAUGUUUAGGAGUGAAGGUCCUUCUCUGCUUGAGCAACCCGUCUGUUCUCUCUGGCCUGGCAGUCAUGUAGCAUGCACCUGAAUCCCUCAGAGACGUGUUCGAUUUCUGUCUUCACAGCCAACUCUUUUGCCCUUUCUUGCCUUUCUUUGGAACAUCAUCAACAUGCUGACUUUGUAAUAAAGGAAUUCUUUGACUUUUGAACGGA